CCAUUCCAGCUGCAUUCUCUUUGUGCUCCCAAAAGACAUUGAAGAACGCAAGAUUCAAUUAUCGCCCUGCCAUCGGGAAUUCAUUCUUAUCAUGGGUUAUCAUUUCUUCCCACGUGAAUUGUUUUGUUUUCCGGUUUUUUUCAAUUCCCCGCAAGUUAUUUCCUUUUGAAUAACUGAAAACAAGAAAGAAAGGGAGAGCAGCGAUCUGCUAUAUAAAUACAGGAAUACACAGUGUCAUGCCUCAGAUAUAAAACAGAUUUCAACAAGAAACCUUCAAAUUGCAGCUAAAAAGACGUAGACGAUCAAAGUGAUUUUCGAAAUUUUGCACCAGCAAAUAAAUAAAAAGGGAAUUGAACAAUGAAUCUUCCGAUUGUAAUCGCCUUUUGUUUGACAACUUUGGUGGCCUCCGCUCCAUCGGACGUUAGACCGUUAACUGUUGACACUGACAAAGCCGAAGCUCGUGAUGUCCAAGACGCUGUUAAACCCGCAAACCCGGCAUGGGGCUAUUUCACCACACACACAGUCGACGGAAAGUCGGGAUACACAACAACGUACAAAGGCGAUGCAAAACAAUCCCCUGCGCCAUUGAAUCCAUUUCCAUUCACCCCCUUCGCAUUUCGGCCGUAUCCUGGACCGGCUAUACCAGGCUUGCGAUACUACUUCCCAGGCAAUCAUCUCCCCGCUUAUUACCCUAGUUAUCCUCAAGUGAAUUAUGGAUUUAAUGGCCAACACCAAACUAAAUCUGACGAUCUAACAGCCGAAGAGUACGAAGAAGCCUUGCGUCUUUUUGGUUGGUUUAACAAAAACACUGCGGCCGCUGUUCCCCCUGCAACUCAAACCGUCCCUGCAACUCAACCCGUCCCUGCAACUCAACCCGUCCCUGAAACUCAACCCGCCCCGGAAACGAAUCCCAUGGCGGGUAUUUUCAACAAACUAAUUGCCAUGAACAGCAUUGGCAUCUUGAAAAUGAUGCUGGCAAACGGUCUUAUGAUGAUGGCGGGUUAACAACUUUAGAUUGAAAAAGAACAAAAAUGGCUUCAGAGCGAGAACAAAAACAACAUCUCAUUUAGACUCGGUUAUCAAGGCUUUCGAAAUCUACAAAGGCCAAGUUGACUUCUAAAUGUGUCUAACUCAAGUUGCGGUUAUUGUGUGAUUUUUUUUUUAAAGGGAAACGGAAAUAAACGAAUUUUGUCGGGUUUAA